AUGGGCCCUCUGUCUCCUACCAGGACCAUGCGCCUCUGGGGGCCUCGGAGCCUGGGGGUGGCUUUGGGAGUCUUCAUGACCAUCGGAUUUGCCCUCCAGUUCUGGGGGGGCCCCUUCCAGAGGAGGCUACCUGGGCUGCAGCUUCGACAGGCCUGGGCCCCAUCCCCAGGACCAGCUGUUUCAUCCUGUCCUCCUCGGCAGCGACUGGUGUUUCUGAAGACGCAUAAAUCCGGGAGCAGCUCAGUGCUGAGCCUGCUUCAUCGCUAUGGGGACCGACAUGGGUUGCGCUUCGCCCUCCCUGCCCGCUACCAGUUUGGCUACCCAAGGCUUUUCCAGGCCUCUCUGGUCAAAGGCUACCACCCUCAGGGUGGAAGCACCCAGCCCCCCUUCCAUAUCCUCUGUCAUCACAUGAGGUUCAACCUGAAAGAGGUACUUCAAGUCAUGCCUUCUGACAGCUUCUUCUUUUCCAUUGUCCGAGAUCCAGCAGCUCUGGCCCGCUCUGCCUUCUCCUACUAUAAAUCCACCUCAUCGGCCUUCCGCAAGGCGCCUUCCUUGGCUGCCUUCCUAGCUAAUCCUCGAGCCUUCUACCGGCCUGGGGCCCGUGGGGACCACUAUGCACGCAACUUACUAUGGUUUGAUUUUGGCCUCCCCUUCCCCCCAGAGAUGAGGACCAAGAGAGGAUAUCCUCAUCUUCCCAAAGACCCCAACCCCCUGGAGCUGCAUGUCCUGCCUUCUGGCGCUGGCCCUCGAGCCCACACCCUGGAUCCCAAUACUCUCUUCCAUCCUGCUCCCACUGCUGUUGAUGGUCACAGCCAGCUGUCCAGCCCAGCUGCUUUAGAUUUGGGGUCUUCAUCCUUCAUCCAGUGGAGUCUGGCCUGGCUGGACUCUGUCUUUGAUUUGGUCUUGGUGGCCGAGUACUUUGAUGAGUCUUUGGUUCUGCUGGCAGAUGCCCUGUGCUGGGGUUUAGAUGAUGUGGUGGGCUUCAUGCACAAUGCUCAAGCCGGAAGUCAGCAGGGCAGAAGUGUUGUCAGCGAUGGUGGACUGACCGCUGAGGACAGGCAGCUAACUGCACGAGCCCGAGUCUGGAACAGUCUGGACUGGGCUCUUUAUGUUCACUUCAACCACAGCCUGUGGGCACGAAUAAAGCAAUAUGGUCAGAGUCGGCUGGAGAGCGCCGUGGCAGAGCUCCGGGCUCGCCGAGAGGCCCUGGCUAAGCAUUGUCUGGUGGGGGGUGAGGCUCUAGACCCCAAAUACAUCACUGACCGACGGUUCCGCCCUUUCCAGUUUGGGUCAAGUAAGGUUUUGGGCUAUGCACUUCGGAGUGGGUUGAGCCUCCAAGACCAGGAGGAGUGUGAGCGCCUGGCUACCCCAGAGCUACAGUACAAGGACAAGCUAGAUGCCAAGCAGUUUCCUCCAACAGUCUCUCUGCCCCUGAAGACUUCAAGACUACUUUCCCCCUAGACAUUAGGCCACUGAAUCUUAGGUUAAAGAGCGGCUGCCCUACAAGACACCUGUGACAAGUGUAGGGCUGCCAGAUGACAUUUCUGCUUCCCUCGGAAAGCAAACUUGCUCCCUGAAGGAAGAAUGGAACUUUGCACGGUUGUGGGAACCAAAGUCACCCAGGCUGUGCCAAGGAAUCCAGUCGUUCAGCUCGUAGCAGCACUCCUCUACUCCGUUUUGCCCCCUUCCCCUUUGCAGCCCCCU